AUGCCCAUAACAACAGUCGGUGUUGGGGCUGCAGUCACUCCUACGGUCGUCAAGACAUAUAUAUCACACUACACGAACCGAAAGUCGCGACGAGAAAAACCCACCGCUCACAUUUCUUACGAUGAGGGACUUCAUCUCAUCCGAUCAUUCCUAAACUAUGCCUCUCACCACACCGUGGAAGAUCUACAGGCUUUCACAUCUCAGUGGGUGCCCAAUCCAUCUUGGGUGAGGACUGAGAACGUCGUUAUCCCCACCAUCCACAUUAAGAAAGCCGCCGAAGCGAUCAUUGCGCAAUUAGGUCCUCAAGGAAUACACGAGGUUGGAGGGAAGAAGUGGUGGCAGUGGCGGCCCAAGGAUGAUGACCUGAAAGCAGAAUGGAUCGAAAUGAGGGCGCAUUACAACGAGCAGAAGAAGAAGGGUGGGAGGAGUCGACGGAUCAUGCUCUACAUUCAUGGAGGCGCCUACUUCUUUGGCAGCGUCGACGAGCACAGAUACCAGAUGCAAAGACACGCUCGGAAGCUGAAAGCUCGCGUCUUUGCCCCAAGAUAUCGACUUGCACCACAAUUUCCUUUUCCAUGUGCCUUGCAGGACUGCCUUGCAGCAUAUCUCUAUCUCUUGAGUAUCCAUGACCCAAGCGAAAUUAUCCUCGCUGGUGAUUCAGCUGGCGGAGGAAUGGUGGUUUCGAUUUUGUGCAUACUUCGAGAUCGAGGCGUACCUCUUCCAGCUGGUGCAAUCCUUAUUUCUCCUUGGGUGGAUCUGACACAUUCAUUUCCGAGCUUGGUGGGAUCCAAUGACUUCGACUAUAUUCCUCCGCAUGGAUUUAUGCACAAGCCGUCUCUGUCGUGGCCUCCACCCACCGAUGACGAGAAGUGCUACAUCCAGGAAGCCGCUGAGAGCAACAAGAAGACCAAGCAGUCGCCAAAAUCCCAAUUAAAGCCUGCUUUCUCUGAGCAGAAAGCAUCUGGGGAGGUACAGGAACAGGACAAAGAACCUUUUCCGGCACUUCAGGCUCCAAUCGAUGAUACCAAUGGUGUGAAAACUACACAUAGUCUUUAUUUGUCCGUGCAACUCGACGGCAAGCAGGUCACACUAAAGGAACAAAUCCAAAUGUACACGACCAACCAGCUGUUGAAACAUCCAUUGGUAUCUCCAGUCUUACAACCAUCCCUUGGUGGUCUCCCUCCACUUCUGAUCCUCACAGGUGGAGGGGAGGUCCUUCGUGAUGAACAAAUUUACCUCGCACACAAAGCAGCCAACCCUUCGAAAUAUCCGUUGGGAGACGCAUACAGAUCUAUAUAUGACCCAGAUAACACUUUACUCAACAAGUACAAACCCACUCCAGUGCAUCUACAAGUUUGGGAGGACCUCUGCCACGUUGCACCGACUUUAUCGUUCACUCGACCAGCAAAAUUCAUGUACAGAUCGAUAGCCCAAUUUGGAGCAUGGGCUUUAGCUAGAGCACAAAGGCGAGCUAUUGAGAUUGUAGAUGAUGAUAACAUCUCGAUAAUCUCUUCAAGAAGUGGCAGCGACUCAGAAGAAAUUGAUUCUUCAACGGACAGCUUAACCAAGCAUAAACUGGAUCUCAAUACUAUCACAGGUAGCGUUGGCAGGGCUGGAGAUGCGAUUCCAACAUUUGUUAACAACAUGAUUCGCGAAAGAGUCGAUCGGUCUGGCAGGAUAUAUCGCCUGGCAGAUGUAUCAGACCUUCCUGCUUUACAGCUAGGCCCGAAUCAAGUGGGCAUCGUGAAACCUGGACCAGUACAGAAGUGGCUUCAAGCCAAGAAAAGCUGGGACGAAAAGUAUGCAAGCACGAGAAGGAAAGUUCAAAAAGAACGUAUCAGAGUUCUGGCAAGUGGUGAGAUAAGACCAAAUGAGAUUGGGGAAAACCCUCCUCCCAGUGCACUUGCUUCGAGAAGAACAGACAAAGGUCCUAUUUCCAAGAAGCCACGGAAGAGUUAUGGUCUUGCUAUGUGGAGUGGAUGGGGCAGCAAGCACGAUGAAGCGACGCUCAAGCGCGAGGAGGAGGCAGUAGAGAUGGAAAAGGAAGAAAGAUCACAACCGAUCGAGGUCACUUCUCAAGAUACACAAACCAAUGUGCACGAUGGACGGGCGGAAAUCAACCCCGUCGCCAACAUUCCGCAUCCCUCUACAACUCGGCAUCAAAGUAGUUCCCGCCAUCGCAGCUCGAGUGGCCGGCGGAGGAAGACAUAUGAUUCUGGAUCGCAGGGUGGUCGCCGACGAACAGUCACGGUCACCGAUGCAGGUCAGACAGAGGCGAUGGAUCUUCCUGCACUGCCGGUUUCUACUGUCGUACCAGAUGAUUUAAGUUCUCAACAGUCAAAAUCAAAGUCCAUCGGGGCUACCACUGAUCCGACGCCAAUCCCAUCCUUCACAUUUACUUCGAACACACCACUCGAAUCUACCAUAGAAUCGCCGGAGACAGAGUUACUUUCAGCAGGCUUCAUACCCAAGUUCAAGACCGCUUCUCAUCUACGCGAUGAUUCUGCUGGUUCAGGGCCGGCUUCCGAGGUGGCAAGUAUCAUGACUAGCCGAAGUGGUGUGAUGGCGGAUGACGCUUCCACUCGUGCAGUUUUUGCCGUUCCAGGUGUUCUUUCUUCCAAAGAUCGAAACCUGACAGACGGUACGGAUGACAGAUCACUCGCACCCACGACAAGACCAACAAGUCCAUUGGUGAACGAGACUAGAAGUGUGUUCUCGGACUUGGAUGGUCCAACAUCAGACAAUUUCGAUACCGUCCCUUCUCCCACAACAACCUCACGUCUUGGCAUCACAGGCUCCGACACACCGCGCAGCCAAAGGAGUCUCGAGAGAUUGCGAAGUCAUCAGCAAGAUGAGGGAAUGGGACGAAUGGAUCCGUUGAGAAGUCCGAGUGCCAUUGCCGUGGUAAGGGUGGAAGGUAUCUCCGAUCUUGUCGAGGGCGUUCCUGAGAACAAGAAUAGCGAGUCUAUGGAGCGUGAUGGUCUCAGUGAGAAUGUUCACCUCAGUGACAGGGCAAACGAUGCCAGAAACGGAGAACAACAAUCUACCACAGACAGCGAGACUUCAGUCAAAGACACUACAUUCUCCGAAGCUGAUUCUCUAACAGUGGCGGCAAAACAAGGCGUGUCUGAUCGACCGAAGCUAUAUGACCGUGUAGACACCAAAUUUGAAACUGCCCUGGAAAAGCUCUGA